AUGGUCUCCGUCAAGAACCUUGUUACCUUUCUCGCCAUUGCCGCUACAUCCUCUAUGAAGGUCAGCGCUGCCUCGAUCCCUCGGCAAACAGGAUUGGAGUCCACGACCCAAACUUCUGCCGUUAUAAACUCUCGCCAGGCCAGCACGGAAGACUACGACCGCGAGACGGCCUGGCUAUCCGACGAAGGCCUCUGCCGCGUUUUCGGCAAGGGUGUUCCUACGUCAACAAAGCUCGACAACCUCAGAGGCACUUGCAACCCAUACUGUCAGGCUUUGACGGGCACCUUCAACUCUGCCUGCGACGGAAGCGCGUUGAUGAACUCAGACGGCGACAUCGACGUGCAGUUCCCCAUUUACAAGAGCCCAAGCGGCGACAGAUACAGCUUCGCGGAAUGCGACUGCAUCGAAAUCUCGCCUGAGCUCGAGCAGCUGUUUGCGGACAGCUUGACUGCUCUCUCUGCGGCGACCUGUAGCGUUUGGCUCUUUUCUGUCAAGCAAGUUGUUGAGAAGGGCACCUAUGCCAUUCCCGGCGGCAAGGGUAGUUUGAAAGUCAUUAAGUACAUGGCCAAGGUCCUUCGACAGAUGAUCAACUCUGGAAAGGGCAAGGAUGAGUGGGCUUCUCUGGUGCGCAGCACUUGCGGAGACCAAGGUUACGAGAUGUCUCAAAGUAUCGAGAAAGCGUUUGAUAUCCUCCAGUACGCCCCGACUCUCUAA